CUUCACUUGUCGUGGGUCAGUAACUUACUACCUGCAGAGCAUCUCUUAGGUCGCGAGGUCUACAGAGCGCACCGGGUGCACCUUCCUUGACUUCGGAUGACAACGAAUCAGGUAAUUUUGGAACUUCAGCAAAUGGGAGGGGAAGGGGAAGAGGCAGAGGAAAGGGGAAACGAGGUGGUAGGGUUGGCGGCAGAAGUAACCCUAUCCCCUUUGAUGUUCAGAUUGAUGAUGAAAUUGGGAGCGCCAGUAUGGCCCAGCCGGAUCCAAAUCGAGAUACGCCUGUAGCAGGACCUAUCUUCGCAUAUGGCUUGCAAAAAGUGCCGAUGUCGGGUGAUAUGCCUUAUUUUAGCGACAACAGUACAAUCGCUGUCGACGACGCGAAUGGAAGGAUAUACAUGUACGGAGGCCAGCGGCAGGAUAGUAGAGACUGGACUUGCGAUUUCCAUGUCGGUAAUGUGAGUGACAUGUCGUGGCAAACGUGGUCGCUAUCUAUGGGCGUCCCGUUCCAAAAACCCAAACCACUACCUUGUCUGUGCCGCGCCGCAUCUACAUUUCUAAGAAUGAACGGAUGCGAAUAUGUCUUCCUGUUUGGCGGAUACGACGUUGCAAAAGAAAAAGACCUUUCUUCAGAACUUAUCGCGAUUGAUGUUAGGACGAAGAUGUGGGCGUAUGUCAAUGUGGUAGGACGUGUUAAAGGCCGCAUCGACGCGACGAUGGCGGGGAUUGACAACCGGCUCUACAUUUUUGGCGGGCGUCCAAGUCGGAAUGUCCAAAAUUGUACCGUCCUUCGUUCGUAUUCUGUGGCAGAAUGCGUUAAUUGUCGUUGGACUUGGAUUGUAGAAGACGAACCAUACACCGCUGAUGUCCCGAAUCUCGGUUUUGGAGGCAAGGCUCUUCCCGUCUAUGAUGGCAUGAAGAUCCUCCUGACUCCUGGUCGUAUUCAAACUGAUGUGGAAAUUACAAUGUCGGAGCACAAUAUGGUGUUUUUCCAUACUGAAAAUCGAACAUUUCAAAGCGUAUCUAAAACAAAUGGCAAAUUCCCGGCUGAACUUCAAUGGUAUAAUUCAUAUGCGGUCAAACCGCCACAGAGAUCAUCGAUUCCGUUGCCCCGUGCUGCGGGUUUACCUCCCAGGGAGGCUCUAGCAGCUAGUCUGUCACAUCCUUUCACGGUGAUCGUGGGCUGGAUCAAGUCUCCCGACCACAAAGAUUAUCUUGUCCCGGAGGUUUGGCAGUACUUCAUUCCUCCAAAAGAGCGUGUCCAGUGUCUCAAUCUGCACCGGAAGUUAUGGGCUCUGGACCUCGACUUGCAAACGUUCAUUACCGUUAAUGGACGGCACUUUUUGUUUGGAGUCGAAGGAGACGACGCGUACAACAAAAACACAGUGUAUAACGUGUGUGUUGAGCUUGAUCUUCAAAAACUUCAACCACCGGAGAAAAGAACUCAUUCUUUGUCGGUUCGAAGUAUGAAGGGUGAAAUUAUGAAAGGGGAACCUGAUGAGCAUGAAUCAGAAAUGAUAGUGUGGUGAAGGGCCAGCCACCAUCGUUAAUCUUAUUGUCCUCACAUCCUAUACCAUCUGUUCGGAUAUCCAUUUGUGAAGAUACCUGAUACCGAUCGUCACUUCUUGGUUAACUUUGUAUCAUGUACAUUUAUCGUCUUCUGCAGUUUACUUUCGUGCCCACAUAUUUCUACGCAUUCCGUCGACUCAGAUAUGCAAC